CAAUGCAUUAUAAUCAUGUAAUGUUAAAUGUGUGAUUUUGGACUUGGAGUUGUUCUUGUAAAUGAUUUUAAUAAUUUAAUUACAUGAUUCAUACUUCGUAGUCUAAAGUUAUUGUUUAUCGAAAAAGACCACAACUUUUUGUUGAGUGUUAAUAUAUUUUUUCUGAUUCAUAACGGUUUAUUUUCCAUUUGUGCCACAAAUAAAAUAACGUACUAUAUUUACAAAACCAUUAUAAUAUGUACAAGUAAUUAAUUAAACAUGAACAGGAAACGAAAUGUUAAUUUUAUUAAACCCGAAGAUCCACCUUUCUUAAAAGUAUUAAAAAAACAAGCUGGUUAUGACGACACUAACCAUAAGUUUGAUCAACUUGAAAGAAAUGAAGAGGACUUUGUAAGUGAUGAGGAUAGUGAAUUACCCCAAGUUGUUGUUUUGAAACAAGGAGACCUGACAGCUGAAGAAGCAGAGUUGGAAAAAGAAAAGUUACAAAAAAUUGAAAGUGAAACAAAAGCUGAUUUAAAUGAAAGGGUUAUAUUUAAAACUAAAAAAAAGAAAGACGAAAAAAUGAAAAAAAAGUCAUUAGAAAUAAAAAAGCACAAAAGUAAAAUACAAUUAUUAUCAUUUGCUAAUGAAGAGGAUGAUGACUAAAUAAAAAAAGCUUGUGAUGUGUGUUUUUACUGGUUUAAUUAAAUUAGAAUAUAGAAUCUUAUUGUAUUAUAGCUUGACAUUAUAGCAGCACUUACUGAUAUGGUGUUCAAAAUUUCCACACAAUUAUACAGCAUUUUGACUGUACCAAGUUUAUAUAAUAUAUCCUAGAAGCAGUAAUGACUGUAAAAAAGUAACUGAAGUUAUUCAAAACAUUUAAAGAAACUUGCCUGUAUGUGCAGAGGGAUCCAUGGCUGUGGGUGCUUGCAUGUUGCAACACAAUGUAUUUUAAAAUUGCUAUGCUAUGUCUAUCAAACAGUUAAAUCACCUUCCCAGAAGUUACAGAUCUGCCGUGUAAUGCUUUCAAUAGGAAGGUGAUUAAAUUUUUAAGGCAAGGUGCCUUUAUAUUAUGGGUUAUGACUUUGUUUCGGCCAUGUAAAAAAAAUGUUUUAAAAAUA